GCGCUCUACUUCUGUGUGCCCUUCCGCGAGCACCUGCUGGACUACCACGCCAAGCACAAGCCCGCCAAUGAGUCCGAAGAGACGCUCCUCACGUGCCUCGCAGAGCUCUUCAACCAGAUCAACUCGCAGAAGCGCAAGACAGGGGUCAUAGCGCCUCGCCGCUUCGUGCAGCGAGUAAAGAAGCAGAAGGAGCUGUUCCGCAGCUACAUGCACCAGGACGCACACGAGUUCCUCAAUUUCCUUCUCAACGAGCUGGUCGAUAUUCUAGAGAAGGAAGCACGGGCAGGCAGGGCAGAGGCCGGCAGGAUCAUCCACCCCAACCCGCCUGCUGCUGCUUCUGCUGCAGCCCCUGCUGCACUGGGUGCUUCAAAUGGUGGUGGUGUUGCUGUUGCUGCCGUUCGGUCGGAGGGAGGGGCGAGAGGGAGUGAAGGAGCGGGGGAGGGGAGGGAGGGCGAUGGGGGAGGGGCGAGUGCAGCAGCAGCGGAAGGGAUACCCUCCAGUUCGGGUUCUACUGCUGCGUCUGCUGCUGUUGCUGCAUCUGUUGCUGCUGCUGCGGCAGCAGCUGGGGUUGGGGCGGGGGGAACAGCAGCUGGGAGUGCUGGAGACGCGAAACCAACGGUGGUGACAUGGGUUCAUGAGAUAUUCCAGGGCACACUGACGAAUGAGACGCGCUGCCUGUGCUGUGAGACGGUAACCGCUAGAGAUGAGGCCUUCCUGGACCUGUCUUUAGACAUCGAGCAGAACAGCAGUGUCACCAGCUGUCUGCGCAACUUCUCCUCAACAGAGACUCUCAACGGCAACGACAAGUUCUUCUGUGACACCUGCUGCAGCCUGCAGGAGGCGCAGAAGAGAAUGCGAAUCAAAGUGCCACCGAGAGUCUUGGCCCUGCACCUGAAGCGGUUCAAGUUCAUGGAGCAGCUGGGGCGCUACAAGAAGCUGUCCUACCGCGUGGUCUUCCCCCUCCACCUGCGCCUGUGCAACACCGUCGACGACGCACCCGGCGCCGAGGCCGAAUACUCCCUCUUCGCGGUGAUCGUGCACGUGGGGAGCGGGCCCAACCACGGGCAUUAUGUGGCGCUCGUGAAGAGCCACAGUCACUGGUUGUUCUUUGAUGAUGAGAACGUGGAGCAGAUAGAUGAAUCACUGGUGCAGACGUACUUUGGGUCGUCGCAGGACUAUUCGAGUAACACGGAUCAUGG